AUGGUGCACACAAAGACUCCCCACCAGAUCCCGAACACGCACAAGUCAGUGUUUUUGCACGGCUUCGACAACGACCUGCAGGCCCCUGUCGGGGUCCACUACAUGGUGGGGGAAAUUGUAGACGAGUACAGCUUGCGCUUGGAGUCGUACUGCGAGGUCAAGAGGGCGAGCAUUCCGGCAAAACUUUGCGGAAACUUGGUCAACGGACGAAUUUCCCGCAAACAUUGCGAGGUGAUUGUGCCUCAGUCCCAGUGCACAGGAUCGGGCUUGGCAUUCCUGGUCUGUCAGCUGCCCAAGUCCCAGGAAGCAUGCUUACAAGACUGGCAGGCUGCAAUACGCGCAGCACGACAAAAGUACAUCUUGAAGGAUUUGCCGCGUGUUCAGCAACCGGUUCUGCCGGAUGCACGCACGUUGCAUGUAGCUCACUGCGGAUGGAGUUAUUGUGCAGGCGUUUAUAGCUACAGCGGCCACAUGCACUACAGUCUCGGCCCGCUUGUCUCAAUGCUAUACAGUGAGGAACUUGGCAUGUGGUGCUUGCUUGCUGAUGUGGUGGCAGUCUACUCUUUGGAGAGGCAGCGCUCCUACUUGGGCCUCAAGGAUUGGGAUGGUCCUCAACUGUUGUACGUGCGCCAAGAUCCGAAUCCGGCAGGUCGUUGGGAACCUGUGAUUGGCCCGGGGCCCGGACCCUCCAUCAGGGCGCACAACGAGCUGGCUGUCUUGCAAACUGUCUCAAUGCAACCAUCUUUGCUGCUGCAUCCAAGUGUCGGGUCGGGAGUUCUGGACCUGCUGUUCAACUUCACUGCUGCAGAUUGGCGGGGUGGGCUGCAGGGGCAUGUCUGGGGUUUCAGCGCAAUGGAAGCCAUACAUCUUGCUUUGAGUCUCUGGCGAGGCCUUUGCGCAUGCUCGGCCGUGUGUCACUCCUGGCAGGCAAGUUUGAAGCCUUUCCACAACUUGGUUCAGAUUUGUGAUCAUGCCCUGCAAAUACCACAUGACCUACGUGUCUCGGAAGUUGCACUGCCGACCAUUCGAGAGGCCAUCCGUGCCAUCAUGUUCCACGGAAGGAUGUGGAGGCAUGGUCUGUCCGUGACCCGCUUCAAGCUGUUUCAGGAGCGUCGUUGGCCUGCUCAAGUCGUGGAUGUGGAGCUUUCAAGUGAGCUGGAUGCCACAGAAGAUGAUUUCAUUGACGGCCCGACAGCUGCCCGCAUCGAUAAGCACGCAGAGGUUUUCACACGCGCCGCACGGCAGCUGCUGCAUGACGUGCCCCUGCCCUGGAAGAUGCAGCACGGCUGGUGCGGACGCCGCAGCACUGGAGAUGGCCGCAGAUUUGCAACGCGUGACCUGCUAGAUUUCUGCCGCGCAGACAGGCCGGGAGCGUCUGUUCUCGUGGGUGCCGACGAUGAAGGACACAUGCAGCUCUUCUUGCCCAAUGGCCUGCAGUUACUUCCUCCUGCAAGCAACGCCGUACAACCAUUGGAAGAUGCAGGCCUCAUACUGGCAUCAGUCAGGCGGUCUUGGAGUUCCGGUUAUGAACUACCCCGCGAAGCUGACGAGCCAUGCAGAUUUCGGCAUUGCCUCUGCCAUAGCAGAGACAAAGAUGGGAGGGCACGCCUUGGGGCGUCCCAGCUGUCUGGUAGGUAUGAACUGGUGUUCCGACCUGACAGCGGCGCCAUGAUCGUGCUCGAAAUUAGUGUCAAGUUGCUGCCCUUCUUCGCAACCUCCAAAGAUCAUGAGCUGAUUGACGAAAUCAAAGCUUUGCUCCCAUGGACAGAGCCGGAGCUUGCUGGCUUGGACGGGGCUUCAGUUGCUUCUGACAGCCAUCACAGCAACGAUGAGGAUGAUGAUGGAGAGGAGGAUGCAGAGGGCGACGACGACAUGGAGAGCUGCCAAGAGGACCCAGAAGAGGACCCCGAAGAGGCAACCGAAGCGGAGAAUGAUGAUGUGGGCUAA